AUGGCUGUGGACAAUGAAGCAGCCGUCAAAAAGGUUAUAAACCUUCAAAAGCUAGGUAAAAGUGAAACAGACCAUGGACUUGAAAUCAAAAGUAACAUAAGAAAGACCGAAUACAAAAUAUAUCUAAAAGAUACUAAGCCUGAUAAUAAUGCGGAUAAUGAUAAAAAAGAAAUCUCUGAAUUGGACGAAGAGCCUGAAGACGCCGACGAUAAUGAUGGUAAAAUUUGGUACCUAUAUAACGACAUAAUCUCUGAAGAGUGGUUAUGCCUGGAUAAUUAUGAAAAACUCCCAACAACCACUGUAGAAUUUGAUAACAAGGCUAGUGAAAAAAUGGAAUAUCCUGAUAAAGCUGAAAAUGUCAAUGUAAAUCGAACCAAUUACCAAUCAUGUGGAAUUAGAGUCGAACAAGAUGAAUGUCGGGCACCUAGCAAGUAUCAACACGUGACGAAGAUGGAUCAACCUAGUCGAACACGUUCUAUUGGAAAUAGUAUAGAAACUAAAAACAGUAGGUCAAAAACAAAAGAUUGUAGAUGGCCCAAAUAUCUUGAAAAAGCCAAAGCUGAAGAUAAAUGGAAAACUAAGGCCACAAAGACAUUUGAUUGGUAUAAGAAACGAGCCAUGUUGAUAAAUAGGAUGAAAGUCGAAAUAGCAAAAGGAUGGAUAAUGCUAUUGGAAUACGUAAUCCUGGUUACUACCUUGAUGACGCAUAAGAAGGUCCUCGAGUUUAUGAGACUAACAA